AUGCAUAUUCUGGACGCCCAUGCCCACCGCAUUCCCACCGCCCCAGCCUUCUCCCUUCCCAUGGCCCAAGUCCACACUGCCGCUGGGAGUGGGGGGACACCUCGGAAGCUGGGCAGCUGGCCCCAGUCGGACCCGGUUUUCCUCGCCACGUCUCGGACGAGUCAGCCCGCCAAGGCACUGGUCGAGAGAGACGCUUCUGGUGGCUUCUCGGGCCCGGACAGCAGAACCGGCCCGGCCACCAACUUGGUUCGAUGCAACGACACAUCGGGCGGCCUGGCGGCUCUGCGCCUCGAUCGCCCUCGCCAUGGCAUGUGA